AUGCGUCAAGAGGCCAAAGAAAGAACCAAAGAAAAACCUCCAUGGAUGGUUAUGCAUCAUUACAAACAAGCGAUGAGUGGUUUAUAUGCAGGCGAAACAAUUAAAUUUGGUGAUCAGUGUACUACAACAGCUCUAAAACAUAUUGAUUUAAAAGGUGGUUUGGAUAGAUAUUUGUUGACAAUGAAGGAUGACAAGUUAGGUAAAAAAAUGUAUGACUUGAAACUUAAAAUUAUGGAUAGACUUGAAGAAGAAAAGAAAAGGCUAGCGGAAUUAGAUGGGAGAUUAUUGGAUAAUGAUGACAAUUAG